AUGACAGCCAAGUUGUGCUGCACUGCCGAGCAGGAGGGUCGAUCAGACUCUCCCGAGCUGCCCAAUGCUCGUAUCAGCCAGGCCACACCAGCGAAACGGCCUCUCUUACCAAAGGACUCCAGCUCACCAAACUCGCACUCCACGAGUGCUCGCUCAGAAGAUCUCCACGAGCUUAGAGAGAUCUUUCACAAUGCAGGAGACGCUGAUGACGACAGAGCCAUGCCCAUGCCCGCCGGUCGUGCACGUUUCAGCCGCCCAUCGAUGCAGAGCAUCCGCAGCCUGCACAAGAUGACGAGCAUGCGUUCCAUCAUCAGACGGAAGUUCUCCAAGGACCCUUCAAACACGGCUCCUAUUCUUACAGAAGACAAAUACGACGUUCAGGACACCACUACCAUAUCCAAAUCUGGUACUGUAGUCAAGCAGUCGCAACAUGGGCCGCUUCAGCCACUCCACGUUACCAAAGGCGCCCUGAAGAAGGAUUUGCUCAGUGACAGGAAGCCCGAUCAAGGGGGGUACGACUCGGAUGCUGAAGUACUUGACGACAUUGCAAGGAAUAUCAGCAAGAAGCUACCAACCAAGCGGCCAAGCAUCCAUAGCAUUGACUGGACCACAUCCACGGGAAGGUGGGUUGACUUCACCUCGUCUCUGCCCUUGCUCAUGCAUCACAGUAAAACCACAUACGAGUCGUCAACAAAAGACUGCAUCAGCGCCGACCACCAAAACAACGUUCAUCCUUAUGAUAUCUCUAAGCCGCAGGCAGUGUCCCUCUCGACUCGCUUCAACCAUGUCUUUAGCACGCCCAACCUACGGCCAAACACAUCGGAGGAAAGGGAUCGAAGGAUACGACGCUCACACUCUGCUACAUCAAUGGGCCUGCCAAAGCCCUCUCCCAUCUCACCCCUACGAUUGCCGAGUCUAACAGGCAAUGACUCGACAGGGAUACCAUGGUCUGAAGCCAUGCGAGAAAGUCUUCGUCUCUCGCAGUUCCCUGUACCUCCCCGUCACAUCUCCCCCAAAGUUUCCAAGACUCUUUUGAAGGACGAUAAACAACCAAAAAACUCUCAUACAGACCGCCAGCCUCAGGAUAUUACCAACUGCGUAUCGUCGACCCAAACACUCGAGACGAUUCCUACCUUUCCUUCGCAUGUCGUAGAGAUCCGGGUUCAGCAGCCUACUUCAAACGCAAGUCCAAGGCCAUCCACAUCUAUACGAGGCACUCUUCGAGAGCACAUGCCGCUGAAGAAACAUGACCAAGCGGAACAAGCCGUCGAUGAGGAUGUCGAUAGCAACCAGCGUCAUUCUGUCCAUCUCUAUAGUAUGCGCAUCUCUCACCACCUACGUUCUGGAUCUCUUCUUUCGUGGGACCAGCUUGCCGACGCCCCACAACUACCCACCCCACCGCGUGCGUUGCGCGAGCGUACUGUUUCAGACCAGAGCCGUGUCUCUCAGCGAAACCGUCAGUCAGCACGUCACAACCGGCAGACAUCGAGCUCUGGUUUUGCAAGCUCCAAGGUUCCGGCCCGAUGGGGCAAGGUAGUGGCGGACAACGCCGACACUCACCCCGAUGUAGCGUCUUCUACAUACUCUAGUAGACCGCAAAGCCCCCCUGACAGUUUCGGUGGAUCCUUAGUCAGCCUCUCUCGGACUGCAACCGAGAAUAGACCCUUCAAUACCUCAUCAACCGAUCUCCGGAAGCUAAGACGUUCCGUUUCUUUUCCCACGGACAACGAAGACACACCGCGACCAACUAAGCGGCAUGGGGGCACCAACCUGACUGUCGUCACGGGCUAUUCCGCAGAACCCUCACUUCUCUCCGUCCCUGGACCCUUGGCGCGUAAGAAUAGUGUUGCCGAUACCAAGACGUCCAAGUUUCGAGAAGAGUUCAGUCCAUCCCCACCGAAGAAAAAGCUGACACCGUCGUCAUCAAUCAUCAAGUUUUUGAAUCCGAAACGACUCAGCUUGCGCAGCCAAAGCGAAGCCCAUCUUCAGCCCGAUGUUCACAUCACCGCUGUGGACGGUCCAGGCGAUACGUUAGUAAUUCCUACUGAUCGAGAACGUCGCUAUUCUCGGUCCUUGGUCAGCCUACAGACGGAACAAAAGGCACUCGGGCAGCAUAGCGGUGCGGAAGAUGUCUGGGAUCGCGCUUUGCAUGCACAUCAGGAAGAGAAGGCAUCGCUUUUCCUCCCAAAAAAUCGAGAGCUUGCCGUACAUGCGAGCCCUUUCCGGGAACGCAGUGGCAGUGUAUCCACCAGGCGCGUCAGCGUCGAGGAUGUUGACUCUAUAAGCCGAAGCGAUGACGUUUCCCACGUGCCUGCAAAGUUGCCCGACCCACAAGCCCCUGGUGGCAAAAAAGAUUCAGGGCUGCCAUUCAAAUUACUAUCUAGACGCAGCGCUUUGGCAGGACAAGAGGCCGUCGAACAUGAGCUUGUCACUGCAUUCGAGAAACAAGGUGACGGCAAGGAAGUCGUCGGUGCAUGGGGCCGCUACCCCUCCCAUACACGACAUGACCGCACCACUUCUGCAGGCAAAGCGGAUAAUGUGCAGCCUCGCGACUUUGCACUCGAAGCAGCUAUGAGGUUCGCAUCGGCAAAGCAUGACGAAGAUUGUAUCGAUCCAGUUCAGCGUAGACCCUCUACGCCUCUGUUGCCGGGAGAAAAGAAGAAAAAGAAGAGAGUCGGUAGCGGCCGCGUGGCGAAGAGCAACUCUAUGACCUUUGGAAAGACUUUGAUGAAAAAUUACAGUAAGAUGUUCAAGAGUCAGAGCACGGAAUUUCGCAGACACGGCAGGGGACACCGUAGUUCUAUAGCGUCUGGUGGCAUCCUCGAACAUCCUGAGCUCGAACUUCUACCCGAUGUGUGGGCAGGUGACCACAACAGAAGCAAAGAAGUUUUGGCACAGGACCACCACGAUAUGCGUCGAACAGAUGGUGAUAAUCAAGCCAGUGAUGCCAAGGGUAAAGGAAAACUGCUAGCGGACGAUUCCAUGGCUACGCUCCGUCCACGCCGAAACUCGUCUGCACCCAACCUGAACGAAUUAGCUUUUCGUGACGGUGCUACCGACUCGGAGCACGCAAAAGACCGCGCCCGUGUCUGGUCAGUCUACUAUGAGAAUUGUGUCGACUCAUUCCCGCGUCUGAGCACGGAUGCCGACAUGGGGCUUGACGAUUUUGGCCGACUGGCUCGUUUCUCUUUCGAUAGCAAGCGCGUAUCCAUGCACUCACGCAAUGUUUCGGCUCGAAUACAUCAUCACUCUCGAAACGUCAGUCAAAUGAGCCGUAUGAGCAACAUAAGCCAUGGGAGGUCCUAUGACUUUGCCGGCGAGGACGAUGGAGCAGGCGAGGACAAGAGUUUGGUUAGUGUUCGGCGGAGCACCAUGGAUCUGAUCUCCAAAUUCAAGGAACAGGAGGCUACGGAGCACGAAAGAAUUUUGUCUCUCAGCAGGAUGGAGUGUGAAGGCUCGAAGAUAAGUGUCGCGGCCGUCUAA